AUGGAUUCCAACAGUACAGACCCUGGCCUCUACGUACCCACUACAACACAGGGACCAAGCUUUUAUCCAGGUUCUACUCUGUGGACAGACCCUCAGAGUAUGGAUGACAAUGCUUCCUCCCAGCUGCACAUGCUUGUGAACUUAACAGUUGCACAUGGGGCUAACAGAAGCCAGGGAGAAAGCAAAGGUCAAGAAUUUGACCCCCUGGGAGGUCAUACUCUGUGGCAGGUCAUUCUCAUUGCUCUGUUUACCGGAAUGUUGUCUCUUGUGACCAUUAUCGGUAAUAUUUUGGUCAUGGUCUCUUUCAAGGUUAACCGCCAGCUCAAGACAGUCAACAACUACUUCUUGUUGAGUCUUGCUUUCGCUGACCUUAUUAUUGGAGUCAUCUCCAUGAACCUGUACACAGCCUAUAUUGUCAUGGGACAGUGGGCCAUGGGUAACUUUGCCUGUGACCUGUGGUUGGCCAUAGAUUACGUUGCUAGCAAUGCAUCUGUAAUGAACCUGCUUGUGAUCAGCUUCGAUCGAUACUUCUCCAUCACGCGGCCUUUGACAUACCGCGCCAAACGGACCACAAGGCGUGCUGGGCUAAUGAUCGGAUUGGCCUGGUUUGUGUCAUUGAUCCUUUGGGCGCCAGCCAUCUUGUUUUGGCAGUAUUUUGUGGGAGAGAGGACAGUUCCACCAGAUAAAUGCUACAUCCAAUUCCUUACAGAACCAAUUAUUACAUUCUGCACAGCCAUGGCGGCUUUCUACCUCCCUGUGACCAUUAUGAGCGUGCUCUACUGGCGCAUUUAUAAGGAGACGGAGAACCGCUCCAAGGAACUUGCGGGGCUGCAAGGCUCUGGCGGGCGACUCGGAGGCGACAGGCCACGUUUCCACCUUCACAGUACUGGGGGGAGUUCCAGGAGCUGCAGCAGCUUCGAGCUGGCCAGGCCUGUGAGGAGACAGAGCUCCAAGAUGGGGCUGUCGGGUCGCUUCCAUUGCUGGAGAGGGAGACCCAGUGGUGCAGGAGGACCUUGUGGCCGAGGUGAGCCAGACCAGAGCAGCAGCGACAGCUGGAAUAACAACGAUGUCGGUACCUCGGCUGAUCACUCUGGCUCCUCUGACGACGAGGAAGUUGUGAUGCCCACCACACGCGCCAUCUUCUCUAUUGUUCUUAACUUGCCUGGGAUGAGGGCAGCAGUUAAUUCCCAGGUUACGUCUUGCGAAGACCUGGAUGUGGCCUCAGAAGAGGAUCCAUUGCGUGCUGAUGAGGAAGACAGCGGGAGAGACAGCAUUUCACCUCCCAUAACCAAUGGCAGUAAAAGAGAGGGCAACAGUUACCACCAGCGUUACUCUACAAAGAUCGCCAAGGUACAAUCCAUGCCUUCUAUUGAAGCUUCAGCUGCGGGCACAGAUCCCACUGCUGGCACCAUGACUGCCACUAAAUCUCCCUCAGCGCCCCUUUCCUUCAAAGAGGCGGCACUGGCCAAGCGCUUUGCUGCCCGGGCAAGGACACAAAUCACCAAACGCAAGCGCAUGUCACUGGUGAAGGAGAAGAAAGCAGCUCAGACACUUAGUGCCAUCUUGUUUGCAUUUAUCAUCACAUGGACACCUUACAACAUAAUGGUGCUGGUCAACACUUUCUGCAAAGACUGUAUCCCAGAGUCCCUGUGGGCUCUAGGGUACUGGCUGUGCUAUGUAAACAGCACGGUCAAUCCCAUGUGCUAUGCACUCUGCAAUAAAACUUUCCGCAAUACCUUCAAGAUGAUACUUCUGUGCCAGUGGGACAAGACCACCAGAAUGAAACAGAGCUUUCAGGAGAGACAUUCAGUUAGGUUCCACCAAAGGAUCCCCAGAGACUCCACAUAG